AUGGCCGCCGCGAGUAGCUUCAUUCGCCGAGGACGCCCCGCGACGACGGGGAUAGCGGCGGCCGGAAAAGCUGCCCUAGGAGGGGGCUAUCCAGUGGGCGGUAUCGUCCUAUUACUAGAGGACCCACUCUCACCCCUGCACCUGAUUCUCCUCCGCUACUUUCUCUCUCAAGGCCUCUCCCACUCCCACCCACUCCUCCUCCUCUCGCCCCUUCCCGAUCCUCAAGCCUUUCUCGCCACGCUCCCCGCGCCAGCCGAGGGGAAAGCAGGUUCGGGAGCGCACGCAGGUCCGGGCGGCCGGGCAGGUCCGGGAGGGCUUUCCGGUCCUCAUGGCCUGGGUGGGCCGCAGGAGGAGAGAAGAUCAGGGGGGACCGGAGGGGGAGAAAGUGUGGGGGAGGGGGGAAAAGGGGGUGAUGGGUUAAGAAUAGCAUGGCAGUAUAAGCACUUGGCUCCCCAGUUUACUGGAGUGGGAUCAGGAGGAGCAGUAGGUGCGUCUGUACCGUACUGCACCGAGUUCGACCUCCGCACACCACUCUCCCGGCCGUCGCUAAGGCAUGCGCAGCAGCUGUGCACGUGUGUGCCCAUGGGGGGUUCCUGUCGUCCCUUGGUUCCAACACAGCAGGUGCUGCUCUCGCUGCACCUGGGGGGUCUACAGGAAUUGGUGAUCGAGGCAUGGAAGGGAGAGGAGGAGGAAGCGGAGGUGGCAGGGGAGGGGGAGAGGGGGGGGGGGAGGGUGGGUCGCAUUGGUGUGCAUUCGUUGGGAGCUCCUCCUGCGUUGCUGCUCUCAGGAAAUGAUGCCCAGGUACUUGCGUGGCUGCAGUGGUUGAAAGGCUGUGUCCGCACUUUACCAGUGACGGUCCCUGUAACAGUACCUAGAGAUGAAGGGAUCGUUCCUCCACACGUGCUGCUGAGACUGCAGCAUGCAGCAGACGUGGUACUGGCGAUGGAAGCACUGGAAGAGGACAAUGCAGAGAUGGCCAGUGGUAUCUCGGAUUACAAGGACGCUCUGGGUCUCAUUCGCAUCCGCAAAGUCUCCGUGCAGAACUCCCUGGUGCCUCGCAUGCCAGCAGUGACCACUCUGGUGUUGAGAGCAGUGAACAGGAAGCGACAGAUAGUGGUGGAGGAAGCACAUCCACCCCCGAUUGAUGCCACAGGGGGGGCAGGAGGCUCAAGCAGCGGGGGAGGCUCGGUUGGAUGUGGUAGCUCAGGCGGGGGAAGCAAUGCUCUGGAUUUCUGA